AUGGCUAACUCCAAUUCGGACGAUGAGCUCAUUCUCCUGCAAACUCCUCCUCCAUCGCCACCAGCCCUCAUCGUUCUUGGUGGAACACCAUCCUACCCAAACGUCUCUCAAGCCCUCGAUUCCCGGACUCCAACACGAAAGCGACGCCGAGUUGAAGAACAACCACGAAAUGCCUGGUCGAAGAGAACAAAACUUGAGGAUUCCGAGCCUGCCAAUGAAUCUGAGCACGAAAUCUCGUGGGAUGAAGCCGCAGAUGCACUGUUGCUUGGAGGCAAGCCUGACGGAGAUCCCCCGCCAAUGCGUUGUGCUGAGCAGACAGGUGACACUGGUGCGAUAACGCCUGGAUACGCAGCAUUCUGUGACCUCAUAGUGGAAGACGGGGGCGCGUUCUAUCAAAUUACUGAGGACUUGUUUGUAUCGAGCGGGUGGGAUCCGGAGAGGAAGAGUUUGAAAGCUUCAUGGCACCAUCUACAACGUUCUAUCAUUGGAGAUUCUCAGGUCGUUGUCUGCCAGUGCCCUCUAGCUCGCAACAGCGACUCUGGUGUUUGCGUACACACUCGGUUCUUGGAUGAAGAAGGACAGGAGCACUUUCCCGCCGAGCAAGAUCAUUUUGACUCUGCAUCCGAUGCCACACUCUUUUCGCGACAAGAGACUGGGGAAGAUACUUGGCUCAACGUGUUCUCCUGCUGUUUGCAGAAUGCAAGGUCUCUGAAUGGCCGAGUCAUUAUCGAGCAUCUGGGUACAAACAAUGGGGCUGGUAAAUGGACCUGCUCGAAGGAUAGUGGAACUUUGCACUGUUUGCAUAUCCACAAGUGCCGGAAUCUUCUGCAGAAGUUGCUUCGUGUUGAUCCCUCUGCCCGACAUCGUGCUGGAGAGAAUGAGUUUGAAGCAGCGGGAUCUGUUGAAACAGCUAACCCCAUCCCAACUUUCGAGGCGCGCGGAACAAGAUUUCAGCAAGCCAUAUCACAUUUACCUGUACUCGCGCCAACGUGGGCUUCAUUGACAUCCGAUCCCGUCCUGUACCAGCGGAGCGCACCUGCAGCACCCCCGGAGAUAAUCAAACUGACCGAGACGUCGUCUUGUCUAUGCACCAAACCGCGUUAUCGCUUCCAAUUGGCCGCCCCCACACUUUCGCAGUCAUGCAUUGUCUAUGGCCUAUCCUCAUCUUCGCGGGUCACCAUUGAGCUGCAGCGGUGUCAAAAUCCGCGCUGUUCACAUCGUUUCAUUGGGCCGGAUUGUCGGGAGCUUGGGAUUUUCAAUUACAACAACCAGCGACUCUUCACACAUGAAUUGCUCGAUGAAUAUACCUCAGCCUAUACAUCGUCUGAGACCCCGUUCUCUGCCUGGGUCUCCGUUGUCUCCCGCCGCUAUGCACUUCACAACAGCACACACACAUUUCCCAGCCCUGACAUCUUCCGGUCUGCAUGGUUCAUGUACGUGUCGCUACAAUAUCUCGACAACAGCAUGAUCUGUCCACGAUGCGGGCCGAACCCGGAUACGACGAUUUGGGACGGAGUCACGCUGGCUUUCAAUAAGAAGCAUCUGCUUUCGAGCCUGGAACCACCUACAGUCUCCCAACUACACUCCUUCGAACGAAAAUCGACGCGAUAUCUGCCAGGUCAGCAGCUCAUUUCUGCGUCCAAGCUUCGUCGCAUGAUGCGCUCGGUCUUGGUCGGUCCGCCGCUGACGAAAACGGAGUUGGACAAGCUCAUGCAAGCGACGCCGGUGGCCGAGAGCGAAGACGAAGAAGACGAUGAGGAUCAUGACGAGGAGACGGAGACGGCACCAGUUCUGAACCCGAGAGGGAAGAAGGCACUGGAGAAGGCAAGGAAGACUUUCCUUGAACGACUAGAGAUGUUACCGAUGGUGGUAGAAGGAUUAAAGGUCGUGGAUGAAGGGGUUAGUCGUUUAUUUGACAAGUGUUUCGGGCCGCUGUCUGUUCUCAACACGCGCCCUACUGCGGACGUGUAUCACCGCUUUUUCCUCCAGCUCGCCGCAGAGGAGUCGGUUUUACAAUUUGCGCCUCCCGGAGUAUUCAGUACACUUCAGGCUUUCCUGGACAACCCAAACAGACUCACAGGCUCCGCACUGAGCGAAGUUCCGGCACUUCACGAGGUUCUUGCGCACGAGAGAGCUCAGCUCAACGGCAACAUUUCGGAGGAAAUAAUUCAUACGAGUCGCUGGUUACUUGCCAGAGGUCGGGCCGUAUUCAAUGCCCUGGUACGGGAACCGGCGCAGCUUCCCGGAAUCACUCAAGUCUACGAAAAGUCCUGGAAAGAGGCAAGCGAACUAUUGCACAUUGCAUACUUUCUGACUCAGUUGUAG